GGUUUGUAGUCGGCCGGACUUCUUCAUAAGUGAUGGCGCUGUCUGAUGGCGCGAAGCUGUCAGAACGCUCUCAGAAAAGCGCACCAGCGCGAGAUGACUUCGGAGCUGCGCUUGUGUUUUUGGCGCGGUUGCUUCUCCUCCUUCUCCUUAUGGGGGAGUUCGGUCUUGUUGUGCGAGGACUCGUGAAAUUUAGCUACGCUGACCUCGCGUAUUCGACCAAACCGCUGAGAUUGCUGCUCGCACUGUACUUCUUUGCAUACCGUUCAGUACUGGACUGUUAUCUUCUGGGAGUUUGGGCUUUUGGGGGCGCGUGUUUGUCCGAGGACGCAUUCGGCGCUCUUGUGUGCCUGCUCACUGUCACGGAUGUGUACACGGCGGUCGUCUUCGGAUCGCUGCAGCCGCGGAAAAGCAAGGCGCUUUGGACUUCUCAUGAUCGCUUUGCCGCACGAAUCAACGGGGCACGGACGUGGUUCGUACGUUCCCUUAUCUUGGUGUUUUUGGCGGAGGCGCUCUUCAACACAAUUUCCUUGUCGCGAUCAACAGAUGACCUGGAGGUGACCUCACCGAGCUUGAUGAAAAGUGAUGGUGAAACAGCCUCAUCUAGUGCGGCACAAGAAGAACAAAUCGGCAGUACUAGUACCGGGAGUGAUGCAAGAACCGGCUCCGAAGCAGAGAACUCCGCAGAGAAGACAAAAACAGCGACGUCAAGUCAUCUUCUCUCCCCGGGUGGGGGUGCCCGGCUGGCGUUGCUAGGUAGCCACUAUGUCCUUCAAGAGGUUGCGAAGGUGCGUCGCCGCUGUGACGUGUUACUCCGAGACGCCGCAUGGGUUCUGGUCGAGGCCCUUUACCAAGAGUCCCUUUCCACCACUACACGAGAUCGACUUGCUGGCAACACAGCUGGCAAUAGACGGUUGCCAAAACGCACAGGCAAGGCGUCUGCCGAAUUAGCGGAUAGGUCGACAUGGGUAUCGUCUUUCAGUGAAGGCGAAUCGGUCGCACUGCUGUCGACUUUUUUAGACCUGUUUCCACCGGAACUCGUCGAGCGAUGUAUGCAUUACGCAGAGCGGGGCAGGCGUUUGGCAAAUGAUGCGCUUGAGGCCUCCCAGGUCAGGACUUACCUAUUUGCGCCGCUGCAACCGCACCUGCAUCAACUGCACGAUAGCGCGGCACCGGUGCUCGGCUACGCAUCGGAGCUCCUCGCUGUGGCUCAGAGUGCAAGUAGCACCAUCUACGGGAUAGACGAGCCAGAGGGAAUCGCGGAGCUUCUCCAACCUCCUGUAGAACGCGUUCUGCGUACCUUGAUGGCAAAGAAAAUCUUCUGGUUCUUGCACUCGGCGCCGGACCCAGCUAGGGAUCUAUGGUUGCUUGACCAGCAUGACGAGCCGCAACAGAGUGGCGCGAGCAAGGAAACAAGUACGGAUGAAGUAGACGAGGCAGCUGAGGAUGCAGAUGAGGAUGACGAUGUGCGCGACGACGUGACAGACGCGGAUUCACGAGACGGCAAAAGCGGGACGAGUGAAACUGAUGACAGUACAGGCACGCCAACGGGCAGAAGAAAAAGUGCUGUUGUUGAUCAUGAUUAUGAUGAAGUCGGAGGCCCUAUCGAAGCGAAUCCCACGACGAAGGGAUCUGUAUCAGACUUGCUACAGGAGCCGGAGGAGCUCGCGGCGAAGUACGCCGAUCCGCAUGAAGCGUGGGUCGCGUCGCAGUUGGGUGAGGGUUGGAAGAGGGGAACCUCGUCGCUGAUCACGAUUCCAGUAAACGAGAACCUCGCCUUUCCAGUGGACCCCGACGAUCCCGACUACCAGGAACAAGAGCGCAUUCUGCGGCAGAAUCACGAGGAGCAAGAGGCUGAGCAACAGAAAUUGCAAGAAGAGGUGAACGCGCGACUUGUUAGUGAGCGACGGAGACGGCGGGAGCGUCGCGAAACCGCACGUAGGAAGCGACAUCCGCUUCACCGUUACAAUGUUGUGGUUCGCUCAGCGCUGGACGUGUUGCGAGAUUGGCUCCAUCGCUGCGAUUUCAAGGACCUAGAAGAAUAUCUGCGACACCACAUCGGCACAAACGUCGUUGUAUUCUAACUUCAUAGUUGGGAAGAUCAAAACUUCAAAUUUUGUGUUCCUGAUCUGUAGCUUGUAAUAGUGUUCGACUUCGAUGACACAUUCUUGACCAGGACGUGCUUACUUAGAUGGCCGGGAGUGAAAAUACAAUGCCAUCUCUCUACUUCGCAAGUAUCGUCCACAAAUGCUACACAGGGCUCAGAAAACUGGGACAAGUUUCUUCGAUGCGAAUCAUGCGCAGACCUUCGGCGGUCGUAUAGACGUGUGAGUUUAGACUUUCAUCCAGAUCGCUUUCAUGGUUCCUACUGCAGCGAUUUUCGCGCGGGAGCUUUCCGAGUCCUGCAGAAUUUAUUGGAGGAAAGAAAGAAGCGAAUGCAGUGCGACAUUAGAGAAAGUUAGAUAUUGACACACGCCUCUUUCCCUUUCCUAUGCGCAUAAUAUGCAUAUGACUCGGAUUUGGAGGUAUAUUUUUGAUUUCGUCUCUCUGACAACACAUCAUGAUGUGCGUGACGCGCUUCCUGCAAAAUUUCACUUCUGAGGAAAGUUGCUGGGUCGCUGUUGUCUUUUCGAAUGAAGAAAGAGGCAGGUGGUCCGAGAAAACGGCUUUUUUUUUGUCUGAAAAACAUUUUGAAAAUGGG